UUCAACAUCCAAUGCAUUCUGGGAUGUAGCAUGAAACACAAUGGCGGCGAAACGGAAUCAUUUGCAACUUUUUGUGGUUUAUUAUUCGCUUAUAGCAAUAUUGCUACAAAUUAGUCUAACGUGUGCUACAGAGUUAACGUGGGACGACAAUGGCUACAUUUUAUAUUGUCCUUGCAUGGGUCGAUUUGGAAACCAAGCCGACCACUUUCUGGGUUCUUUGGCAUUCGCAAAAAUCCUGAAUCGCACACUGGCAGUUCCCCCCUUCAUAGUGUACCGGCACCACGCGCCACCAUACUCAAAUGUACAUGUCCCCUACAGUGAGUUCUUCCAGCUGGAAGCCCUGACCCACUACCACCGUGUGGUAAGCCUGGAGGACUUCAUGGAACAGCUUGCUCCAACACACUGGCCUAAGGGUCAGAGGGUAGCCUACUGCUUUGAGUCAGCUGCCCAGAGGAGCGUGGACAAGAAGUCCUGCCCCAUGAAGGACGGGAAUCCUUUUGGUCCGUUUUGGGACCACGUAGGAGUGGAGUUUGACAGGUCUGUCCUGUUUGAUGGCUUGUCCUUCAGUUCCUACCACCAACCUCAUUGGCUCAACAAGUUCCCUCCAUCAGAGCACCCUGUUCUGACCCUGCCUGGUGCCCCGGCUCAGUUCCCUGUCAUAGAGGAAUAUGUGGGUCUACAGCGGUAUGUAGUUUGGACGGAGAGGAUGGUGCAGGAUGGACAGGAACACAUCGCUGCUCUGCUGCCCAGGCCAUACGUGGCCAUACAUCUGAGGAUCGGCUCUGAUUGGGUAAAUGCCUGUAAGCUGCUCCAGAGUGGGGAUGCUGGGCCUCACUUCAUGGCCUCUCCUCAGUGUGUGGGUUAUAACCGUCACACUGCUCUGCCCCUCACCAUGACCAUGUGCCUCCCUGACCUGGCUGAGAUCCGCCGGGCCCUCAAGCUCUGGGUCAAGAAAACCUCUGCUCGUUCUGUUUACAUCGCCACAGACUCAGAGUCCCACCUCGCAGAGAUCCAAAAACUCUUCAAGGAUAAGGUGAAGGUGGUGAGCCUCAAGCCGGACUCUGCCCAGUUGGACCUGUAUAUCCUAAGCCAAGCUGACCACUUCGUUGGUAAUUGUGUGUCCUCGUUCUCUGCUUUUGUAAAACGAGACCGGGAUGUCCAUGCCCGACCGUCGUCUUUCUUCGGAAUGGACUACGCUGGAAAAAUGUACAAGAAACAGGAGCUGUGAAGAUUUUCCCUUUCUGGGUAGUCCAUUCCGAAGAAAGAUGACAAAUGGCUUUUAGAAUCUUGGGUGAGGACUUGGACAGUGCAUUGUGGGAAUGUGAUCUACUCCAUCCUCAUACACUGCUCCAAAAAAUAAAGGGAACACGUAAACAACACAAUGUAACUCCAAGUCAAUCACACUUCUGUGAAAUCAAACUGUCCACUUAGGAAGCAACACUGACAAUAAAUUUCACAUGCUGUUGUGCAAAUGGAAUAGACAACAGGUGGAAAUUAUAGGCAAUUAGCAAGACACCCCCAAUAAAGGAGUGGUUCUGCAGGUGGGGACCACAG